AUGGCGCUACAGCCCUCCUCUGCACUCACACAAUUGAUCGGCCACACAGCAGUCUCCUGGGUGCCCAUCACCUUGAACCUCCUGGUCCAUGUCGUGAUGUACUGGUACUACUUUCAGAGCGCCCGCGGCAUCCGCAUCUGGUGGAAGAAAUGGGUCACCAUCCUCCAGAUCGUGCAGUUCGUCAUUGACUUGGGAUUUGUGUACUUCGCCUCCUACACCUACUUCACCUCCACCUAUUUCCCUUACAUGCCCAACGCCGGCAACUGCGCCGGCGAGGAAUUCGCCGCUUUCUCCGGCCUAAUCAUCCUCUCCUCCUACCUCCUUCUCUUCAUCUCAUUCUACUUCGCCACCUACAAGAAAGCAGGCAAAAGUGGCCGCCCACGUAGAAACACUGGAAAACAGGCUGUCAUCGAUAUGCGCAAUCUGGAGAUUCCUUCGGUUGGCGGGAAACCUACUUCUAGCACCACGACGAAGACCAAUGGCGUUGCUAAUGGCAAUGGCUAUGCCCACCUCGAGAAUGGCUCAGCGACCUCCACAGCGCGUUCGAACGGGGGCCCCGUCACCCGGUCCAGAAAGGCCUAG